UCGCUUAGCGCUGGAUCGCGUCUAGACUUCAUCACAUUGUCAUGCAUUGCUCAUCCCCACAGCGGUGCAGGAGCUCUUUCAGUAACGACCCCCAAACGACCCCAAGUUGACCCAAUUCCCUCGGUUUGAAUACAUUCUCCACCUUAAUGGGACGGUGGACACAAUAUGACGAAGAUGACUACCGCUUGCCUGAAGGCAUGAAGCGAGUCGGUUACGAUGCAGACACUGGAAGGUACUACUACCGUGAUGGAGCCGGAAGUCUAUGGGAGGGUGCUGAAGGUGCUCAGUAUGGAGAGUUGAAGCAAGUCUCCGAUACCACAACAGUCGACAUAACAAGCGACGACGAUCUUGAAGCCGCCCCUACUCGGGCAGAUGGUUACCAACCGCUAGCGUCAGACCAGGACAUGGAUCCUCGUCGAGCAGUCAAUAACACUCAUGCGUAUCGCACGCUGUUCCCAUUCUUUCUGAUUAUUUUGGUCGUCCUGCUGCUGGUUUUGCGCCUCGUGUCGCACCCUUCGCAGUCGGAUGAGCCUGACAUAGUCCUUUGUACCGGUAAGGCACGUCCAUACCGAGUCAAGAAAGGAGAUACAUGUUGGGAUAUUGCGAAGCGAGAAGGGUGCACUCUAGAGGAGUUGCAGAACGUCAAUCAAGAUCUGGAGUGCAAACGCCUUACUCCCUCCCAGAUUAUCUGCUUGCCGGAGGCGAAGACAGCUUGAUUGGCACUAUGUAUUAUUUGCUCUUGUAUAGUAGAUUUGGACUUGGAUAUUAUUUACGAUACCCUGGGCUCGUGAAAACGCACUAUGAGCGGUUACGGGAC